CCCUGCAAUUGCAUUUCCAGCACUCUACUGACAGCCUGGUGACAGGCACUUUGACUCAUUACAUCCUGAUACCAGAUUUGCCUGAUGGUGGUGCAGGGAGCACAGGAGCAGUUUUUUAACCCACAUUAACAGCUUCUGCUGAUUCUUAGAGCAUUAGCUUUCUGAGCAGCUCCACAGACCUCCACAGAAUCAGCAACCUUUACUCUUUCACUACGAAACACAUCUUCGAGCUGCUGCUAGGGGCCAAUUUUUACUGAAGAAUGGAUUAUAAAACAAAUUACACAGAGGACUUAAACAUCUGUAUCCCCAACGACUCCAAGGCUGUUCAAAACUUUACUAUGUCUGGUGACCUCCCUAGGACGAGCUACAGUAGCUUCAUCAUGCCUACCCUGUUUGGCAUUAUCUGCUUGUUGGGCAUUAUCGGUAACAGCCUGGUUAUCUGCACAGUCUUGAAGAAAUCUGGCCCUAUCAGUAGUGUCCCAGAUAUCUUCAUCAUCAGUCUCUCCAUGGUAGACCUGCUCUUCCUCCUGGGCAUGCCCUUCCUCAUCCACCAGCUGCUGGGGAAUGGAGCCUGGCACUUUGGGGAGAUUAUGUGCACAGUUAUCACCGCCCUGGAUGCUAACAGCCAGUUCACCAGCACCUACAUUCUUACUGCUAUGUCCAUCGACCGCUACCUGGCCACUGUUUACCCUUUCACCUCUACUCGCUUCAGGAAGCCCCCUGUGGCAAUCGCUGUCAUCUGUAUGCUCUGGGCACUUUCCUUCCUCAGUAUUACACCUGUGUGGAUGUAUGCUCAGCUCAUCCCUCUGCCAGGAGGGCUGCUAGGCUGUGGGAUUUGUUUGCCAGACCCCCAGAGGGACAUUUACUGGUACACUCUCUAUCAGUUCUUCCUGGCCUUUGCCAUCCCUUUUGCCCUUAUCACAGGGGCUUACAGGAAGAUCUUGCUCAAGCUGUCCAGAUCCUCAGAAGCACUGAUGAGCCAAAGAAACACAAGGGCUGCUCAAACCAAGAAACUGACCUGUACAGCAAUUGCUAUUUGUGCAGCUUUCUUCAUUUGUUGGGCACCAUUCCACCUCCUACAACUGGCCCAGCUUGCCAUGACUCGCCCUACCCUGCCUUUCCACUAUGCCUACAAUGUGGCCAUCAGCCUGGGUUAUGCCAACAGUUGUCUGAAUCCCUUCAUCUACAUCCUCCUGGGACAGAAUUUUCCAAGGGGGCUUGGGGUCCCUGUAAGGCCAGCAGCUGCAGGACAGGCCACUCAAAAUGGGAGCAAAGCCAGUCAUGGGGAUGCAAGUGAGUCAGGGCAGUCUCUAUUGCAUUUGGUGUCUAUCUCUGGUAGGUAGCAAGUCAUGCAGCAAUAAAGGUAUGCCCCCACUACCCAGUCACUUUCCUCCUUUCCUGAGGGAACAUGAAGUCAGCAGUUGGCAAAUUAAACACCAUGCACUACCCCAUAGGAUGCAUCUUUACCUUGCCUGGAGACAAAGUAAAGGCAGCACUUAGGCAACAAGUAUAUUCCAGCUCAGUCUGGCCACACUAUUUCCUUCUACAUUUUAGAAUGAAUUACAUAAUGAAAAAUCAAUAUAUCAGCACUUAUCAGGAGCCAAAGCUGUGAACUCUCAAUUGCCAGCAGCUAGAAGUAGGACAUAGAGCAGUUCCUCUCCUGCUGCCCUGACCUUUACAUGUUCAUCAGCUGCUCCUUUCAGAGCUUCUCAACACAUCCUUUCAAUAAGAGCUACUUUCAG